AUGCCGUACAUUGGUGCUUCAAACGUUUCUCACUCUUCGUUCCAGAGCUUUAAGGAGAAGCAUUCGUUACAGCGACCAGGUAUGCCAGAUGAUAGUUCAGCAGGUAGUACUAAUUCUUCAUUAAAUGAAAGUUUGGAUACAGCUGCUGGUUCGUCAACCGCGAACACGACGAGCCAUAGCAGCAGUACUAAUGUACUACCGCCCUGUAAUGGGGCAAAGGUGAAGAGUGGCGAGAGCGAGCGAGAUGAUAUGGAGGCUUCCGGGCUGAAUCCAUUGAGAGCUCAGUCUGUUAGUUCUAUAGCGACAAACGCCACGGAGUUUGAAAUCGGAGAGUUGGUUACGCUGCCGAAUGAGUCCACUCAUGCUUAUUCGUACAACCCAUUAUCCCCCAAUUCCUUAGCGGUAAGGCUGCGCAUUUUGAAAAGGUCGUUGGAGAUUCUAAUACGGAGCCCGCAAAUGUUGGGCGAGCCGACCCAUCAAAGGAACUGGAGUGAAAUGCCCAGAAGUAAGCAGGAAAAGCUCUCAAAGUGGUCAGCACCAUCGGCUGCUUUGAAUGCUUUUGUAUCUAGUACAAAUGCCAGUGCCACGUCGAGUGGUGUUCAGUCUCCUGUAACUGCAAGGGGUUCAUCAUACUUUGGUCCACAGGUGAAAUCUCAUCUUCAGAGGGCUUCCUCUUUAGCAUUUUUACCAAACCUAUCUCAACAUAAUGAGGGAACUCCAAAGAAUGAUAAUAUUUGUUACAACAAAAUAAGCGCAGCGAAUAAUUCAGACGAAAUAAUAGAAGCACAAAGGACAGAUCUGGAGAAUUUACUGGAUUUUUUGAAUGAAACGCUUGAAAAUAAUACAUCGGAAAAGGCCACAGACUUGCAUAUGAUUUCACUGUUGAACGUCAACAAAUUAAUACUGGGUGAUAGUGAACAUCAAAACUUAACUUCACAAGAACAGUUGAGAACUUUACAACUGAAAAAAACUCUACUGAAUAGUCUGGCCGAACCAUUUUUCGAGCAUUAUGGUGCAUCUGAAGAAGAGAUCGAAGAUUCUCAGAAGGAACUUCGACAAGAAAUGGAUUUGUUUAUGGGUGACUUGAAGGACGAAAGUCAAUUACCCAUGAACGGACUACGACCUCAACAGGAUUAUGGCCGUAUUUUGCAUACAUUCACCUCGGGCAAGAACAUAGCACCUCAAGCAAUCUUCACAUGUUCACAGCAACAUCCUUGGCAAUUUAGGGCGGCCAAUGACUUGGCCUGUUUGACUUUUGGUAUUUCUAAGACGGUCCUCCGGGCUUUGACGUUGUUGGAUUUGAUUCACACCGAUAGCAGGAAUUUCGUAUUGAAUAAGAUCUUAUCUACGGAGGGUCAAGAGCUGGUAUUCACCGGUGAGAUAGUCGCUAUUGUACAGCCAGGUUCAAGUAGUCAAAAUUCAAACCUCAUAUGGGCAUCAUUCUGGGCGAAGAGAAAAAAUGAUCUCUUGGUUUGUGUUUUCCAAAAGGUCCCGUGCGAUUUUGUCGACGUUCUUUUGGAUUUGCAGGAUUACUCUGUUGAAAAAGUGACUAAUGGAGGUGGUCUAUUUUGGAAUCGUAAUGAAGAAAGUACUGCCAAAGCGUCAUUUGAGAUAGGUUGUUCAGAUGGCGAAAUUGAUGACGAGGAUGACGACGAUGAAGAAACGAAAGGUUUGUCAGAAAAUUUUGAAAAAGAGGGUAGACCACAGUUGAAGAAGAAAAAAUCCGUCAAGUUUGCUGAUCAGCUUGAGACCGUUGAUGAAUUAAGCCAUUCUUUAUCCCAUCUGAUAAAGGACGUAAUUGAAGGUAAAAUUAGUGCUCCGGAUGAUGAUCUCCUACCCAUGCCAAUAAGAGUGGCAAACCAUAUUAACAGUACAAGAUAUUAUACGUUGAAUCACCUGUCACACAAUAUACCAUGUGCAGUGUCAUCUUCAAUGUUAGAAGAUAAGUUGAAACUGAAAAUCCAUAGUUUGCCCUACGAAGCGGGUCUUUUCGUUGUUGAAUCUCAGACUUUGCAUCUGAUAAGCUGUAAUAAAUCAAUUUUGAAAAACAUGUUUGGACACCAUUUUGUCGAGAUAGUUGGGAAACCAGUUACUGAUAUUAUUCCUUCGUUCAAAAGUCUGAUUCAAUUUAUCAAUAUAAAGUAUCCGGCAUUCAACAUCACACUCGCUAAAAACAAAGGCCUUGUGCUAACAGAGCAUUUCUUCAGAAAGACUCAAGCGGAAAUGAUGGAUAAUCCAGAGGGCUUCUAUACAUCAGUUGGAAUUGAUGCUCUUCAUAGAGAUGGGCGCAUGAUAAAAAUAGACUUUCAGUUACGGGUCAUGAACGCUAAUGUAAUUUUACUAUGGAUCACCCACUCAAGAGAUGUUGUGUUUAGAGAAUAUACCACUACACCAUCUCAGUUGCAUAUGCUCAAAGAUCACGAACCAACCUACUGCAGUGACGAUUAUAGCUCCGGCGCGUCGUCCAAGAAGUCAUCAAGUAAAGUAUCUGUUGACCGGCUCAAGGAUCUCUCAACUCACAAAUCCGAAAGCCUUGGUAGCCUGGAUUCACUUGGAUCUAAACUAAGAUCGGCUAGUAUUGCAGAUGCAGACACACCUCCCAGCAGCUUGAGGAAAGCAAGCAUAAAUUCUCCUGCUCAGCUUGCCGCUAGCGAGCUUGAACUACAAAAGAAGCUGGACCUAACCAAAAUUUACACUAAAGACAAAUCUCAAUUCGUCAAGGACGGGAAUUUCAAGCUAGACGAGGACCUAAUUAAGAGCAUAACAUCAUCUCCACAAAGUACCGAAUCUAAUUUGUCUCUGGAUAGGAUGAUGAGCGAACAAGGUGCUACCGCUACCACUGUGGGCCAGAUUGACGACUCGCCAAUCUUUUUAAAGACCCCUGAAGGUAGCAUCGGUGCUCAAAAACAUAUCAAGAAGUUUUCGGAUUUCCUCAUUUUGCAAAAAAUGGGAGAAGGUGCCUAUGGUAAGGUAAACCUUUGUCUUCAUAAGAAGGAGAGAUAUAUCGUUGUUAUCAAGAUGAUCUUCAAAGAAAGAAUUUUGGUUGAUACGUGGGUUCGGGAUAGAAAACUAGGGACUAUCCCCUCAGAGAUACAAAUAAUGGCUGUCUUGAACAAGCAUCCUGAUGAAAACAUUCUACGGCUCUUGGACUUUUUUGAGGACGAUGAUUACUAUUAUAUCGAGACGCCAGUCCAUGGUGAGACAGGGUCCAUCGAUUUAUUUGAUCUCAUCGAGUUGAAGACCAACAUGACAGAAUUUGAAGCCAAAUUGAUCUUCAAGCAGGUUAUCUCUGGAAUAAAGCAUUUACAUGAACAAGGCAUAGUCCACCGAGACAUCAAGGAUGAAAAUGUCAUCGUGGACUCGAAGGGAUUUGUCAAGCUCAUAGAUUUCGGUUCUGCAGCCUACGUUAAGAGUGGACCCUUUGAUGUGUUCGUUGGGACUAUUGAUUAUGCUGCGCCUGAAGUGCUCGGAGGCGAGCCUUACGAAGGUAAACCUCAAGAUAUUUGGGCCGUUGGCAUACUUUUGUAUACCAUCGUUUUCAAGGAAAAUCCAUUUUAUAACAUUGACGAGAUUAUGGAGGGUACUCUUAAGUUCAGCAUCGGUAGCGAAGUGAGUGAGGAAUGUGUCAAUCUAAUCAAAAAGAUACUGAACAAGAAUGCCCCCAAGAGACCUACAAUUCAGGAUAUUUACGACGAUGUAUGGCUGCGCAUCUAG